GCCCGUAAGUGACCAAUUCUCAAACAUUUGUGAAAUUUUCAGAUCCUUUUGAAAAAAACGAGCAUUUCAAAAUGGCCAAGUUUUCAGUAUUCCGAACAAAAAUCGUCAAAAAUCAAUUUAAUACGAAAUUUAAAUUUUGAAAAAGCUGCAGGACAUUUCAUUAUACAUAUAUUUUUAAUUUGUUUAUGUAUUUUUUCCAUGUUUCCAAAACAUUUUUUUCCAAAAUAAUUAUGCAGAGCACCUGAUAAGGCCGAUGCAAAAAAAAAGUUUUUAUCCCUCGGUUCUGGCCGCGGUCGAGGAGAGGAAUGAAAAAAAUGUUUUAAAAUGCAUUUUACUCUAGUUCUGUUGUAGUUUUCAAAAAAUUUAAGAUUUGACGAAAACUAAAAACUAAGAAAAAAUAAUAAUUCCAAAAAAAUUUAAUCCAGCAAAUUGCACUUGAAUUUCCGUUGACAUUUUGAUUUUUUUUGGAAAAAUAUGUUUUACACCCUGAUUUUUUGGACCAAUUUGAGAGGUUAUUUUUUUAUAUUUGCAACAGCCUAGUCACGGAAAAGAAAAAAAUACCUCGAAAAAAUAUAUUGAGACGUUGAGAAUUCAGUUGUUAAACUGUUAUUGAUUGCAUCCAAAAAUUAGUACAGCAAUUUAAAUAUUUCCUUUUUUUAUUUCUAUCAAUUACCUAAUAAGGCCAAAUAAUUUCGUAAUCAUCCCUUUACAUAUUUAUACUUUUUCUACUUCACCCCAGCCGCCUCAGUCGCGCAACCAAAGUCAAUCAGUAAGCGCACCUAAUAACAAUACUAUCUAUCGCUUCCUCGCGAAGUUUGCGUGCCACUUAAACACCGCGAUGAUAUUUCACAUUUGACGACGACGGUCGGAAUCGAGUUGGAUACUUUUUGUUUAUCGUGGUCAUCACCUUCCGUCACAGCCUUCACCAAUAUCGCGGCUUAUCACACAACUGCCAUUAUCAGUACUAAUUUCAGUGCACGAGACACCGUUGAAUUUUGAGCUACAGGCAAAGCAGCUAAGACAGCUGAGACUUGCUUUGCUUGCAAGCUUGGAAACAGCACCGCCACUAGCGCAAAGUCAGCACAACAACAGCAAGUUUGGGCUCAAAACAUCGUGGUUCUUUAGUGCGGGGUUCGUUCGUUGCACAAGUUUUUGAAACAGUCUGGGGAAAGGCGAUGGAGCAAUUCGAGAGCGUGUUUACGGCGAAAGAAAAUGCGGAAAUCGCGAAGGAGUUUACUCGACUAAAAGACACCUGCUACCUGGACCACGCCGGCACGACCCUGUACGCAGACUCGCAAAUCCGCACCGUCGGCGACUGCCUCACGGGGAGUCUGUUCUGCAACCCGCACACCAGCCGCACCACCGAGGACCUGCUCGAUCAGGUGCGGUUCCGCGUUCUGCGGCACUUUGGCACCCGCCCGUCGGAAUAUGGGCUGGUGUUCACCCCGGGAACAACGGGCGCGCUGAAGCUGGUCGCGGAAUGUUUCGACUUUGGCGAUGAGGGGGCUUUUGUCUACACGAGGGACAAUCAUACUUCGGUGCUGGGGAUGAGGGCGGUCGUUGGUACGGAGAGGAUCGUUCCGAUUGGGAGGGAGGAUCUACGAGGUGGGCGAUCUACGGGGGAUGGGAAGCCUUCGUUGGUGGUCUUUCCAGCGCAGUGUAACUUCAAUGGGUACAAGUACCCGUUAGGGUUGGUGGAAGAUAUAGAACGCAACGGUUUAGUUGGAUUCGAUGGCGAUCGCUUCCACGUUUGUCUGGACGCUGCUAGCUUUGUUUCAACGAACGCACUAGAUUUGGCCAAGCAUCAACCGAGCUUCGUCUGCUUGUCAUUCUACAAGAUAUUCGGCUUUCCAACUGGUUUGGGAGCCCUGCUAGUGCACCGAACCGCGCAGAACCUACUGAAGAAGCGUUACUACGGUGGCGGAACGGUCAAGAUCGCGAUGGCCGGACGGAACUUCCACGUGAAGCGAGAUUCGCUCGCGGAUCAGUUCGAGGACGGAACGGUUCCGUUUACAUCGAUCAUUUCGCUGCUGCAAGGCUUUGAAACGCUUGAACGGUUGGUGCCCGCGAGUGGGGAGCUGUCCUCGAUUGAUCGCGUGUCUCGCCACACGUUUGCCCUCGGAAGGUAUUGCUAUCAAAGGUUGAGAGGGUUGCGGCACGCGAAUUCGAACUCGGUGGUGAAGUUGUACCACGAUACGGAGUUCGAGGAUCGCGGUUCGCAGGGAGGGAUCGUCAAUUUCAACGUUCUGCAUGAAGAUGGGAGUUUUGUAGGGUUCGCCGAGGUGGCCUACAUGGCCAGCGUCCACAACGUGGUGCUAAGAACGGGUUGCUUUUGCAAUCCGGGUGCUUGUCAGAGAUUGCUCGAGUUGACGGAUGAGGACGUGUUGAAGCAGUUCAACGCUGGGCAUGUUUGUGGCGACGCAAACGACUUGAUCGGGGGUCAACCCACGGGAUCGGUGAGGGUCUCGUUUGGGUACAUGAGUCGCCGCGAGGACGUCGAUCGACUGGUUGAGAUGGUUGAAAAGUGCUACGUUAAGAAGAUGACGGCGAACGGACUGACGAGAAAGCAGAUCGUUUCGAAUUAUAAGAACUAUGAUCAACCAAAGUUGAAGAUGAUCUGCCUCUUUCCGAUCAAGUCUUGUGGAGCCUACAAGAUCACGACGAGUUGGCCGCUGUGCCACAAAGGACUGAAGCACGAUCGAGAGUUUGUGAUCGUUGACGAGAAUGGCGUUGCCAUGACCCAAAAGAAGCUUGUCGAAAUGUGCCUUAUCAAACCGAAGAUCGAUAUUAAGACCAAUACGCUGAUUUUAACCCACCCAGCUAUGGAGAACUUCACUCUUAGUAUGGAACCACUAUCAAACGAAUCCCAAUCGAUCAAGCUCUGCCAAACCAAGGUCUGUCAGGACAACGUUCAAGCGAUCGACUGCGGGGACGCAGUCGCCAACUGGAUCAGUAUCGCGCUGCAAACCUCCGGACUGCGAUUGCUCAAACAGUCUGACGAUGAAGCCCGAACGCUGCGAAAGUCCACCACGGAGAUCGCCCUCUCCAACCAGGCCCAAUUCCUGCUGAUCAAUCAAGCCUCCGUACGUUGGCUUGCCGACCUCGUUCCCGACUGGGACGAUCUAUCCCAGGAACCAACGCUAGAAUCGCUGGUCGAUCGCUUCCGCGGAAAUCUGAUCAUCGACUCCGUGAAACCCCUCGAGGAAAGCUCCUGGACCCAGCUCCGCAUCGGUCCGCUCGAAUUCUCCGUGGACGGACCGUGCUCGCGCUGCCAGAUGAUCUGCAUCGAUCAGUCGAGCGGAACGCGAACGGCCGAACCGCUGCGCACGAUCGCCCGUGAGUUCAAGGGAAAGAUGCGCUUCGGAAUCUACCUGUCGCACGUCAAAUCGCUGGAAGGUUCGGACGAAAAAUUGCUGCACUGUGGAAGCCCACUUCAAGUUGUUGCGGAAUAACAAAAAUCUUUAUCCAAAACUAA